AUGGGUGGUGUCACCGUUCGCGAUGUCGACGCGCAGAAGUUCAUCGCUGCUUACUCUGCUUUCCUGAAGCGUCAGGGAAAGCUCCCCAUUCCUGGUUGGGUUGACACUGUCAAGACCUCCGCCUCCAACGAGCUCCCUCCCCAGGACGCCGACUGGUACUACAUCCGCGCUGCCGCCGUCGCUCGCCACAUCUACAUGCGCAAGACCGUCGGUGUUGGCCGUCUCCGCAAGGUCCACGGUUCCACCAAGAACCGCGGCUCCCGCCCCGCCCACCACGUCGAUGCCUCCGGCUCCGUCGACCGUAAGGUCAUGCAGUCCCUCGAGAAGAUCGGUGUCCUCGAGCACGAUGAGGAGAAGGGUGGCCGUCGCAUCACCCAGAGCGGCCAGCGUGAUCUUGACCGUAUCGCCAAGACCACCGUUGACGAGGAGGAGGACGAGGAGUAA